AUGGAAGAUUCAGAAACUCAUGCAGUAGUAUCGAGUGUAAAACACAGCGGCAGCAUGUCCAACCUCAGCGACAUAUCUGGCAACACCGCCAUACAGAUAUCCGGGGCUAGUUCGCACGCAGGGCAUGCCCGACCCCGCAUGGACAUUGCGGUUGUGAUCGACUGUGAGAAGAGUGCGUACCUAAACCACCGGAAGGCCGCACUGGAGGAGGUGCGUCAGGCAUGCGCACAGGUCGGUGCCAACCUGCAGCAACUGCAGUUCGAAAUUCUCGAUUUCGGUGAUUUGAACACGCUCGAAUACUUCUACAACGCGGACGUAGUCGUGGUGGAUCUCAGCGUCCAGACGCAACAGAGUACCCUUUGCUAUCAACUCGGUGUGCGGGAACACUUCGAUAUGAAGGAAAACAUCGUAAUCUAUAACGAUACGCAGCAUGAGGCCACGCUGCGGAUGAAGAUCUCCUGCGGCAAUUAUCAGUUUAUCUCUUACCGGUUGCACGAGACCGGUAGCGUAAUCAUCACUAGUCCAGUCAAAGCGACCGCCGAGGAACAAACGGCACAAUCUCAGCAAACAACGCAACAGCAACCGACACAGCAGCAGCAGCAACAGCAACACAUGACAACGCUGACAACUGCCCUGCGGCGCCUAUUCCAGGACGUGGAAAUACAAUCAAAGGCACACCUGCGGGAAAAGUUCCUGGCGGAUUUGCGCAGCUUGCGGGACCAGCACGCCGGUAACGUGGAGGAACUGCAGCGUAUGUUGCGCAACAUGCGCAAACGUUUGGACGAUCCGCACGUGCUAUCGAAAGAGAUCGUCCAGACGUACAUGCUGUCGUUGCGCGAUGUGCAGGACUACGACGCAAUGGUGCAGCUGGUGGACGAUCUGCAAACGAUACCGAACAAGCAAAACUACAUCAACACCGGCCAUAUGCACUAUUUGUACGCGUUUGCACUAAAUCGCCGCAACCACGAAGGUGAUCGGGAGCGUGCGUUACGCACCUGCACGAAAGCGCUGGAAAAGAAGGAGAACCACUUUCCAGACAUGCUGUGCCUGUACGGGCGCAUAUACAAAGACAUGUUUGUCGAGUCGAACCACACGGACAAGGAAAGCCUGAAGAACGCAAUCAUCUGGUACCGGAAAUCGUUCGAGGUGCAACCAAAUGAGUUUGCCGGUAUCAAUCUCGCCACGCUGCUCGUGAUCGACGGAAAGGACUUUACCGAUAACGAGCUGCAGCACAUCGGCAUGAAGCUAAACAAUCUCAUCGGCAAGAAGGGUUCACUGUCGCAGAUCAAAGACUACUGGAACGUGGCGACGUUUUUCGAAAUAUCGGUACUGGCCGAAAACUACGCGAAAGCGAUCCAGGCAGCCGAAUGUAUGUUUAAGCUGCGCCCACCGAAAUGGUACCUGAAGUCAACGAUCGGCAACAUCAUGCUGAUCGAUCGGGCCCGCAAACGCACGGACGAGACGGCAAGCAUGAGCAUCGAGCAGCAGAUAUUUGAGUUUUGGAUGGAGUUUUUCCUCGAGGCGACCGCACGGGAACCGUCCAGCAUGGUACGGUUUCCAAUCCUGAUACUCGAACCGCAGAAAAUCUAUAUGCCGAGCUACGUGUCGAUACACAUGGACGCGGAACAGAAGUCGAUAGAUAUUACCAACAUCUGUCAGCAGCAUGCGAAAGGCACCUGUCUCAAGCUGCACGACUUUAACUUUCUCGCGAGCCAAAUCAAAUCGGUCAGCCUGUACAAGCGGGACGAACGGUGCGCGUACCUGUACGUGCACCACAACUCCGACGAUUUCCAGAUGUUUUUCCCGUCGGUUCAGUGCCGGCAAACGUUCUACGAUCUGAUACUGCAGAUGACGGCCGACCAAGGUUCGGGCUUUAUCGAUCUGUCCUCCGCCGAGACGACGGCGGAUGAACUAAAGUACGAGUACGAAAUGGACGACGAAGGGCAGCGUAUGCUGCUCGGCAAGGGUACGUACGGUGCGGUGUACGCGGCCCGCGAUCUCACAACCCAGGUGAAGAUCGCCGUGAAGGAGGUGUACGAACGCAACACGCACGACGUACAGCCGCUGCACGAAGAGAUCAAACUGCACUCGCAACUCCGCCAUCGCAAUAUCGUUCAGUACUGGGGUUCCAAGUCGGAGAACCAAUACUUUAAAAUCUUCAUGGAGCAGGUACCGGGUGGUUCGCUGUCCGCGCUGCUCAGCUCCAAAUGGGGCCCGCUCAAGGACAACGAAACGACGAUCGCAUUUUAUUCGCGCCAAAUACUGGAGGGGCUCAAGUACCUGCACGACCAGAAGAUUGUGCACCGCGACAUCAAGGGUGGCAAUGUGCUGGUCAAUACGUACAGUGGCGUGGUGAAGAUAUCCGACUUUGGCACGUCAAAACGGUUGGCCGGUAUCAACCCGGCAACGGAAACGUUCACCGGCACGCUGCAGUACAUGGCGCCGGAAGUUAUCGAUCAGGGUGUGCGUGGGUACGGACCAGCCGCCGAUAUCUGGUCGUUCGGGUGUACGGUCGUGGAGAUGGCCACCGGGAAACCACCGUUCGUGGAGCUCGGUUGUCCGCAGGCGGCCAUGUUUAAGGUGGGCUACUACAAAACCCAUCCCAACAUCCCGGAAGAACUGUCAACGGUGGCGAAAAAUUUCAUUCUGCGCUGCUUCGAAGUGGAUGUCGAUAAACGGGCCACCGCUGCCGAACUGCUCGACGAUCCGUUCCUCUGCGAAAAGCACAAAAAGAUGCGCCCAUCGUUUAGUAGCAGCAGUACCAUCAGUGGAUUACCGCAUCCAUCCGCUGAAUUUUCCCGCAGCGUUAGCAUGCCUGCCGAUCGACACAAUGCGAAAACGCUUACAUCCCAGCAAAGUUCUGCUAGCUGUAACACACCCACCUUCAGCUCCGAAACAGAAGCCUCGUCGAUCCCACCACUGAAUUCUUCGAUCGGCUACCAUACGGCUAACCGGUCGGUGACGGAGCGGAAAAACAAACAUUCGUUCCAGCUAACACCGAUCAAGAUGCCCAAGAUGCCGAACAGUGUGAACAGCAUCGGAAACAUUGCAGAAACUCCUUCGCUGGAACUGGAUCCCGCCGAACAGACGUCGACAGUGUUCCAGCUAAAUAGGCGAAGUUCCUCCGGAGGGCUACUAUCACCUGAGAUCGAUAUAACGACUUCCACGGCUAGCAAGCUACCCCUAGCGGGUGAAGCGAACGAAAGCGACGGGUUCUACCUGCUGAAGAAAGACUCCCAGCGGCGCCAAACGCUUGACAAGGUGCUCUGCCACGACGUGACGAAGAUCUGCGAGCUUUGGUUAACAAAGAUUGAACCGGACGCAAAUCAGGAGCUCGCAAUCACCCGCGACCAUCUGCAAAUGUUGCUGAACGGGUUGCGGAAAUAUAUCGCGGAACAGCGGACCGACACACUCGAGCAAGCGAUCGCCCAACUGAAGGAGCAGCCCAACUUUAACGCGACCGCAAUCGUGCAGCUCCAUUUAGCGCUGUACGCGUUCCAGAACACGGUCAUCACGGUGUUGCGGUCGCAUAACAUCAAACCGCACUGGAUGUUUGCGCUGGAAAAUCUAGUCAAGAGUGCGGUCCAUGCGGGCAUCACAAUCCUGUCACCGAAGCUGGGCGCCAAUCUGGCCGGUAACGCACCGAACGAUGAUGAGUAUGAUGAAGAAAACAAUGACAUCGCGGUACCGGUGGUCCGCACGAUGCUGGUGAAUGGACGGCCACAAGUACUCGGGCACCAGCAACACGGGCGUGACGAGCGGGACGGUUUGAUGAUGGGUGUUGGGUACGAUUGCGAGUACGACGUGUACGAUCUGCCCGAGGGCGAUGAAGAACCGAUCGACGAGCUGGAAGAACAGCUAACGACGGUAACGUCCGGACACGGUAGCGGCAGUUCCGUGCGAUCGAACAAACCGCGGGCUAGAAGCCACGGUACCGACACCGCACCCGGCACACCGUUGCACAAGAAAACGCGCUGGAAAACGUUAUGCGAGCAGGUGGAGGCACUGCGGGCGGAAAAUCAAAGACUGAAGGAGUAUCUGCUGGAAUCUCAACAAUCGUACCAGAGCGCGUUCCGGGCGGUGCUGGAGAGCGGUGCAUUUGCACGUUGCCUCACCGAUCAGCUGGUCGCGCUGAUGGAGCGCUGCCUGCACGAGCACAGCACACCCGACCUUGGUGACGGUGAGGACGGUACCAGGCGUCGAUCCAAUCUCUGGAACCGGAUGCCACCGGGCGGAAACAACAACAGCGGCCAGCAGCAGAAAACGUCGCUGGACGUUUCGCCCGAGUUGAACGAAGACGACGACGAGACGGUGGGCGAUCGCCGGUUAGCGGAAUGGUUGCAGACGCAGGGCAUCAAGCGUGCCGAGAGUCGGCAGCGGAUACUGCACGAAGGAUUCCUGUACGAAGAUUUCCUGUACGAGUUGGAUCGGAACGAUCUUCGUCGAUUGGGUCUGAAGAUUGGUGAGGAACUUCGAAUUUGGAACGCGUUGAAGAAGCAUCGCAGGCUUUAUCCACCGGCCAAACGCACACACUCUAGCGAUGAUACGGAUGGAGUUGAGCAUUGGCAUCACAACAACUGUUUGAAUGACGAGCACACCGUUGGCAUCGAUACGCGAUAG